AUGGAUACUAGGGUGAUGAUUGUCCGAGGCUGUCCUGAGGAGAAGACAAUUUCGACGCGCAGGGCUCGAGAACUUGCCGUUUGUUCCUUCGGGCUGCUUGCACAGGUUUCCUGCGCUCUCCCAUAUAUCCACGGCUCGGGAUACCCCUUCUUUUCCCUGUACCUCCACGAUCUCCCUCAGCACUCUCGGCUCCAGCGGCACCUUACGAUCAUGACCGUGCACUUUGGGAACAACAGGUUGGGAUUCUACAUCGUGACGUUGCUGCUAUCAGGCACUGUUCUGGGAAUAGCGGGGAACUUUGCCAGCCUUUUCCUGCCCAGCUUGCACCGGGAUUUCACGAUAUUUGCGCUCAUCGUACCGUCUCUGACGAUUCUGUUGUUCCUACUGAGUCUUCAAUGGGCGCAACCACGAACAGAAGCAAUCGAGCUUUUCAUCAUCGGGACGUUCUGGCUUGCUAUGGGUGCUUGGUCGACUGAUAUCAUCGGCUUUGUUCAAUGCGAUACUCUUGGAGGUCAGAGAAUACCAUCUAAAAACGAUGGAACCACGAGCGCCCAGUCCUACUGCUACCAGAUGAAAGUGGUUCAGGCUUUCUCAUGGGCUUUAUUUGCUCUCUUCGUCAUUGCUUUCUGGAUUUUAAUGCGACUCGUUCACCAAGCUCAACGCUACGGACGUUACCACAUCUGGGAAGAACCAAUCCGAGAGCUGCCAUGGUUCGGAGAAGCGCCAGGUUACUACAACACUGCCGGCGGCUACCCAUACCCAUACCCUCCUCAGUCCCCUGGAAUGGGCCCAAUGCCUCAGCCGUACGGCUACCCAAUGCCAAUGCAGAUUCCCGGCCAGUCUAUUGUCAUUCAACCAGGUGUCAACGGUGCACCACCUACCAUCACCCAAAUCCCGCAUUCUGCGCCUCCCGUCUAA